CCAAUUUUCUUUUCAUCCAACCACAGUGGUUUAAUUUCUUCCACACUUAAGGGCCCCACCAGUGACUAAGUCAGAUUGCGCUAAAAUUAUUUUGAGGUGACCCCACACAAUUUGAUUAAUCGCAAUUAUACUAAUCUGAAUCUCACACGUCAACCAACUGGAAUCGUUUAAUCAUCUCUCUCUUGUUCUGACUGGCUUCUAUUCUGAUUUCUGCCAAUUGUUGCUGAAACAUUCCUUCCAUCUCUGAUAUCAGAAAACCUUUCGAUCCAAGUUCCAAUUCCAAGCAAGAAACAAUGGCUGACGCUGUUAUCAGUGCUACUGUUGAGGUCGUCUUGGGGACACUUAUUUCCAUUGCUGCGGGCCGCAUUGGUAUGGUUCGGGAGGUCGAAGCGGAGUUGGAGAGACUAAGCAACACUGCUGCAAUGAUCCGAGAUUUCUUGGCUGAUGCUGACGGGAAAAUGCAUACCCAAGGGGUGCGACAGUGGCUCAAGCAGCUAGAAGAUGAGGUUUUUAAAGCUGAUACCGUGCUAGACGAGCUCAACUACGACAAUCUUCGUCGGGAGGUGAAGUACCGAAAUCAACCAAUGAAGAAGAAGGUAUGCUUCUUCUUCUCCUUCUUUAAUGCAAUUGGCUUUAGUUCCAGCUUGGCUUCAAAGAUCCGGGACAUCAACACCAACCUAGAAAGGGUCAACCAGCGAGCCAAUGAGUUGAGAUUGACCAAAAAGCAGCAAAAAGAAGCUGCACUCCCUGCUGAUGCCGCUGGUGCCAGACAGACCGACUCUAUUGCCGUUCCGAACGUUGUAGGAAGAUCCGGCGACGAGUCAAAGAUUGUGGACAUGUUAUCGAGCCCAUCUGAAAAGGUUCUUUCUGUUAUUCCCAUAACAGGCCCGGGAGGUUUGGGAAAGACAACUCUUGCUAAAUCAGUCUACAAUAAUCGAAAAUUAGAUGGGCACUUUGGCCAAAAAAUUUGGGUUUGUGUGGCUAAAGAACACAUUAAGAUACUGGAGCUGUUCAAGCUCAUUUUAGUACAAUUGACACAAGACGAAGUUAAAGUGGAUGACAGAGAGGUUAUCGUUAAAAAAAUUGAAGAAAAGCUCAAGGGAAAAAAAUAUUUCCUUGUUCUUGAUGAUGUGUGGGAUCAUGAUCAAGGAUUGUGGAAUGAUUAUUUCAACACUUUGAUGGGACUCAACGAAACCAAAGGAAGCUGGUGUCUUCUCACUACUCGUCUACAACCAGUGGCUAAUGCUGUGCCUAGACAUUUGCAAAUGAAUGAUGGUCCUUAUUCCCUAGGAAAGCUAUCAGAUGAUGCAUGCUGGUCCAUCAUAAAAGGAAAGGUGAUAAGUGCAGGCGAAGAAGUACCAGAAGAAUUGGAAGCAUUGAAGGAGCAAAUUUUAAGGAGAUGCGAUGGCCUACCCUUGGCGGCAAGUUUGAUUGGUGGCUUGAUGCUUACCAACAGAAGAGAGAAGUGGCACUCCAUUGUGCAGGAGAGUCUUUUGAAUGAAUAUCAAAGCCAAAUUAAUCAAAUACUUAAGGAUACUCAAUUACGAGAAGAUGAACUAAUUCAGCACUGGGUUGCUAAAGGUUUUGUUCUAAAGAAUAAUAGAGUGAUGGAGGAAACAGGAGGCGAGUAUUUGAGGAUUUUGUUGCAAAAUUCCUUACUGGAAAAAGUCCAAGAGCCGCUGUGGGAAACAUAUUAUUAUAAAAUGCACGAUCUCGUGCAUGAUUUUGCAAAAUCAAUUCUCAAUCCAGAAAGCAGCAAUCAGGAUCGCUACCUUGCAUUGGACUCUUCUAAAGGUUUGGAAGAAAAUACCACAAGGACAAUACCAGCAUCAAUUCGCACGUUAUUUCUCCAUCUAGAGGGUGGCGUAUCUACUGACAUGCUUUUAAGAUUCAAGUGCUUGAAUGUUCUCAGAUUGUCCGGCGAUGAUGUCAAGUUUCUGCCGAGCUCCAUUGGCAAACUACCAAGUUUGCGGUUGCUCGACAUUAAAUCUUCUAGAAUCAGAAGUUUGCCGGAAUCUCUUUGCAAGCUAUAUAAUCUGCAGACACUAACUGUGAGAGAUUAUGCACUUGAAGGAGGUUUUCCAAAACGGAUGAGCGAUUUGAUUAGCUUGCGGCAUCUAAACUACCACGAUGGUGAUGCGGAAUUGAAAAUGCCGGUGCAGAUGGGACGAUUGACUCGUCUUCAAACUCUGGGGUUUUUUAAUGUAAGUCAAGAGAGGGGUCGUGGUAUCGAAGAGCUUGGGACCUUGAAAUAUCUGAAAGGAUCGUUGAGGAUAAGAAAUCUUGGACUAGUGAAGGGCAAAGAAGCAGCUAAACAAGCAAAAUUGUUCGAAAAGCCAAAUCUGUCUUACUUGGCGUUUAGUUGGGAGAGUGGGGAUCGGGCAAGCGAUAACCGUGAUGAGGAUGUGUUGGAAGGUCUCCAACCUCACCCAAAUUUGCAAAGGCUGGGAAUUGAUUCUUUUAUGGGUAAUAAAUUUCCACAAUGGCUUAUCAAUUUGUCAAAAUUGGAGGAAUUGGUGAUAGAAGACUGCCAGAGAUGCAGCGAACUCCCCUCAUUAGGACAACUGCCAUCCCUCAAACGUCUCUAUUUGAUAAGAUUGGACAACAUUCGAUUUAUUGGAGAUGAAUUCUACGGUAUUACUGCUAAUGAGGAGGAGGAGGAGGAGGGCAGAUCACGAGCAUCAGGGAGCAGCACUAGAAGGCGAAAAUUCUUUCCUGCCCUUGAAGGACUCUGGGUAAUACGUAUGGGGAAUUUGGCAGAGUGGAAAGGUGCAGACCAAGUGAGGUCAACAGUAGGUGAAGCAGAAGCAGACGUCUUUCCCAUGCUGAUGGAUUUUCACAUUGUAAGUUGCCCACAACUGACCACUCUUCCAUGCUCGUGUAAAAGUCUACACGUGGAGAGUUGCGAUAAUCUAACAAGUAUAAAAAUGGGUUACGGCGCUGCUUCUGUUGAGGAGUGGUGGAUCGACUCUUGCGACAAUCUUAGGGAGCUGCCAGAUCUGGAUCUGUUUGGAUCGAGUUUGCAGCGAUUGACCAUCGCAAGUUGCCCAAGAUUAAUUGACCAUCACUUGAAGGAGGAGAUUUCAAGUGAUCCGUGACCGAACAAGAAGGCAAUAAUGGUGCUCAAACAUUAGUUUCAUGUUGAUUCCCAUCCUUGCUGAAGAAGGAGAAACCAGAAGAGUCUUAGAAAGCAGACCUCAUGUUGUUCGACAAAGACACCACCCUUUGCUGUUGCAUUUCUUACAAGAGUGCCAGGGGGCAGAAGUUAUUUUCACUGACUAGAUAGGUUUGAAGAUGAAGUUAGUAAUCAAUGAUGAGAAUUUUGCACAUCAGAGAGUGCUAGCUUUGACGGAGGCUUCACCAAUAGGUAGUUCUCCCCAGGUUUCCCAAACAUAAGUUUUUGCUCAUCUCCUGCUCGGGGUGUAGAAAGAAUGGUAAUAAUUUAGCUUGUUCAUCUUCAGGCAGUUUUCAUAGCUUUUUUAUCUGCAUUCUUGAUAUAUAUUUAGUAAAUAAAUCACCAAAACAUUUUUUUUGCCCUUUGGUGUAGCAUGCUGAUCGCUGAACAAAUUGGAAGAGACCAAAAUUUUGGGUUUUCUCUGCCUCUCUGAACCACUGAAAGAUUUGAACAUCUUAAAUCUCUUUAACUUCAACUUGUUACAUUCUAUUUGGCCAAUGUCAAAAUUACUAGCAAUGGUUCAUAGCCAAUUAGCCUCUUCGUUUGAAUGUGCUACAAAAUGUUUCAUUUGAUUUGCAAUGCUAGAUGUACAUGGACAUAUUCUUCAUUUUUCUGUCACUGAUAUUGCCAGUCUCAAUGGAUAACAUUUAAGCUAAUCGAGAAACGAUUUUCAAAGAAAAUUCAUGACACAAUUUGCUGUUCUUUGGGACUCUGUGUUCUUGUUGCCAUAAAAUUAGACCAGUCUAAUUGAACUUCAAAUAUGUAUGUGGAGGAACUAGAGUGCUGUGAACAUUCACCCCUUACAAUUGAUACUGCAUGCUUCAUAUCAAUGACAAUAAUUUUUUUUUUUCAUGACAAUAAUGUUGGAUAGUUGUUUAUCAUCUUUCACAAGUUUGAAAAGUUUAUACGUCACAAUUGCCUUGAUUUUCUGUUCAGUGAGCUGGAUUACUGUAUUGUAACCUUGCAUAUGAGCAAUGCAAGGAAUGAUGGUGCUCAAACAUCAGCUUCGUGUUGUUUUCCAUUGCUGCUAAAGAUGAAGAGCUCAGGAGAGUCUUAGGAAGCAGACCUCAUGUUAUUGGAAAAGGACACCACCGUUUGCCGUUGCAUUUCUUACUAGAAUGCCAAGGGACAGAAGUUAUUUGCAUUGAGGGUUUGAAGAUGAAGGCAGUAGUUAUCAAUGAUGUUAAUUUAGCUCAUUAGAUAGGAUUAGCUUUGAUGGAUGUUUCACAAAUAGUUGGUUCUCCCCAGGUUCCUCAAACAUAAGUUUUUCGGUUUCUCCUGGUCAGAAUGCAGAAAGGAAGGCUUGUAGAGUGUGACAUGGAUGAAGAAGAAAGAGAGGGGAGCAUCAUCCGAGCAUGGAAGCUGAUACUGGAGACCUAUCAAGAUGCGCAGCUGAUUAUAGUCAAACUGGACUGAUGGAUGUUUGUGACAGUAGACACAAUAAAUUGGAUAAACAAUCAAUUUGGAGCAGUGAGAAAUGUAGAUGCAAGAAGUCUUGAAUUGCACAAAGAUCCAAGGAAGAGCAUAUUUUGUGAAGAAUUAACACUUUUUAAAAUAUGGCAUUUCAUACUUUUGGUGUAUCAGAAUGUGACAAGUCCUGAUAGUAAGUACGUUUUCUUCAUCUUUUAUAGGGAGUAAAAGUAUGUCUAGAGACCAUACUUGCAAGAUUUCCUACCCUUUUUUAGUUAGACAUUUGAUAGAGAGAACUUUUCCUCUUCAAAUAAUCAUUUUUAUUAUCUAUGAUAGGUGAAAUUGCUUAUCAAUUUUACCUGAUACUGCGAAA